CGAUUUCACGCUUGUAUUCUUCUCAUGGAAUCUGGUUAAUUGUUUCCUUUUGGAUCCGAUGGACUAGCUUUUUAAUGAGUACUCCCAAGGCGAAACCCCGUGUUACCAAUCAAAAGGCCAAGCUCUCUGUCCAAAAUAGAACCCCAUUGGGCAAUUGCUGAAGCCUUCAUGUUUGCACUGAAGCAAAGGCCUGCAAACCUCAGCAAGGAUGCCAGGACAAGUGGAUUCCUCUCACCUACUUAUAUAGGCUGCGAGCAUCACGUGUUUUGGUGGCAGGCGUGUGCGGGAUGGGAGCAGAAGUCACCAAGAACCUAGUCCUGUCAGGCAUCAAGUCCCUGACGCUCCUUGACCACAGAAAUUUGACAGAAAUUGAUGUUUGUGCUAACUUCCUUGCUCCACAUGAUGCUGUUGGUCAAAAUAUUGCAGAAGUGUCCAAAGAGAGAGCUCAGAUUCUCAACCCAAUGGUGGAAGUCUCCUCUGACUCAGAUGAUAUUGAAAAGAAAACAGAUGAAUUCUUCAAGCAGUUUGAUGUGGUGUGUGCUAUGCGGUGCAGCAAGGAACAGCUCUUGAGAAUCAGCAACAUCUGCCACCAGAAUAAAAUCCUCUUCUUCGGGGGUGAUGUGUUUGGCAUGAUUGGUUACAUGUUUGCCGAUCUUCAAGAACACCAAUAUGUAGAAGAAGUUAAAGAGAAGGUUGAGGUAGAACAGGAUGGUAAAAAGCAAACUGUUGAAGAGACAAAAAUGGUGAAACGCACAGAAAACUUCGUCCCCCUCAGCCAGGCAUUGGACGUAGACUGGACAACCACCAAGUAUGCAAGCCAGCUAAGAAGAACGUCCUCUACUUAUUUCAUCAUGCACAUCAUUAUGGAAUUCAUCACACUACAUGGACGCAAUCCCAAUCCAGCACACAGAGCAGAGGAUGAGGUUGAAUUGUUGACAAUUAAAAAUGCUCUCCUUGAGAAAAUGGGUAUUCCUCAAGAAAAAGUUGAUAACCAGUUUGCAAGAUCAUGUCUUGGUGAACUUGGUCCAAAUGCCUUGGAGGUCAAGUACCUAUGUAACAUUCAGUUGAGCCUGCUCUUAAUUUGUGUGCUCCCAAUAAUUCUUCAUUUGUUUGGAUGCUUGUGGAGAACAGUCCAUGAAAAUAUGGUGUAUGGACAGUUGAGUCCAGUGUGUGCCAUUGUGGGUGGAGUGCUGGCCCAGGAGAUCAUCAAGGCUGUGUCACAAAAGGAUCCUCCCCACAACAAUUUCUUCUUCUUCAACACCCAGGAUGGCGCUGGUGUUGUGGAAUGCAUUGGACAUUAACUGUCAGACUGUAACCUUAUUAACAAAAUAAAAAUGAGUAAGAUACAAAAUAAGGGAUUUCUUUGUAUAUAUGCCUAAGGCAAGAGAACAUUAAUAUAUUUUGUUACUAUGCUUUCUUUGUACCUUAUCUAUUCAACAUCUGCCAAAUUAUCAAUGUCAGUGCUACAAGUGCAGUACUAUUACUGGGUGCUGGUAAGCUAGCCACUGGCUAACAAGAAUAGUAUAAGUUAAAUGCAUACAAGAUAUGGGCCAACUUUCAUUACUUCCAUUGCAUUUUCAUGUAUACAUUAGCCUAAUGACACUGAGAGUGGCAUGUUCAUACAUGCCAUGCCCAGUAUGAAUUUAGUUUCAUUGUUUUUACACAUGGAUGGCUCCACAGGGACAUAGUCACCAAGGAGGCAGUUACUAGUACUACCUAUCUCAUCUGUUUCCCCUUUUCCUUGAUGUCCAUUGAUAUUAAUAGCAUUAGUAGAAAAAAAAAAAAAACUUUUCCAAAAAAACUCAAGGAAAGGUGAAAUCAGGUGAGGUCACAAGGUCUACUGACUAACUCCUUGGUGGCAGAACACUUGUGGUGCCAUCUAACUAAAAAUAUUGAUUUUCUUCAAUUUUAUUUAUCCUAUCUAAGUGACCAGUGUUACUUCAUGGCAGGACCACUUUUAUGUCGUUUGUGGAAUUUUAUUGAGAUGGCUCAUCUAUAAUUUAGUAUAGUUAAGUUUUUAAAACUAAAGGAAGACUUAAAGGUUCUUGAAUACUAAUCAGAAAAGCUCUCUUCCUGUCUCAACUUCUUCCAAGUUUACAACUCCGUUUCCAUCAACUGAUGAUUAUUUUUAACCGUUUGUUUCAGGCUACCAGUUCCAGUGUGUUUGAUGAAACCAAAGUACAUAAGCUAUGGAAGAAACAAUUUUGUAUAUUCAUUGCAGUGGCUGAGUUAAAUAAUCCAAGAGAGUAAAGGCAUGUCUAGUUGAACAGGUAUUACUGAGUGUAUGUCAGAAGAUGACAAACUGAAUGGUAAAUAAUUGAUUUCCAGGUGUAAUCGGUUGUUAAGCCAGUUUUACCGUGUCUGAUGUUGCUUUUCUGGCAUGCCUGCUGAUCAGGCCUGCUUGUUUGGACAUGCCUAAACUUGUCAAAAAUGUUCUGAGUGCUAGUGUAAAUCAGUUAUAUUAUUGUAAUUUGUAUGGUUUGGAUUUUUUAUCAACCAAGAAUAAUGUAAAUGAUCUGCCAUUUAUUUUCAUGUGAUUAAAUUUCUUAGUAAUAAUAAAAUUUCA